AUGAGUUCUCUAGCAAUGCGAGUUGCAAUCAUUGUGACAUUGCUUCUAGUGUUGUUAAUCAAAAUAGAGGGAAAUUCAAAUUCAGUUUCAAUUCAAAGUGAUGAAAUGAACACAAAGUCCAUGUCAAACAUUGUUGGUGAAGAAGUUGGCGAGGACUAUCCAAGAUCACUUGAGUGUAGCAUAAGACCAUGGAUAUGUAACAUUGGAGAAUUUUCACCAAGAAGUAUAUGUUGUAGAAAUCGAUGUGCGGAUCUUACUUCAGACUCAUUCAAUUGUGGAUUUUGUGGGCUUAUUUGUCCAUAUAAUUUGCGGUGUUGUAACCGUUUGUGUGUAAAUACAUAUAUAAGUCCUUUUAAUUGUGCCGGAUGUGGAAGAAUAUGUCCUAUUGGAAGGUUUUGUUCUUUUGGUGCGCGUGCUUUUGAAAAUCCAUCUAUAGCACCACUUCCUCCACCAUCAAAGAUUCAUCAUCCAACCAUUCUAGAGGAGUAA